ACUCCAGCCCGCCCGAUCAUGGGAAGCCAGUUCAAAAUAUUUCGAACUCAUUCCCAACGGCAACUCAUAUCCGCCAGUUCCUUCAAUCCAACACCACCUGCUCUUCCGCAUCUCCUCCAUUUCCUUCUCCACCAGAGGCUGCCCGCCCCUCGAUCUCCCCCUCCCGCAACCAUGGAUCCCCACCCCACUCCCUUCCGAGCGAAGCGGCGGUCGGUUGCCGCGCCGGCAAAGAUGGCGGCGCCGAAGCCCAAGUCGAUCGCCACCGCACGCGGGAAGAUGGCCAAUAAGUCGCCGACCGGCAACGUCGUCUCUGCGGGGACCGCUCCCCAGCCAAGGCCACGGCGCGCGUUCGGCACCGUCCGGAGCAGCAACUCCCUGUCUGACAAGCCCCCGCCACCGCCGCUGAAGCCUUCAAAGUUGUCGCCCCCGCUUCCACUGAAGGCCCCCAAGGUGUCACCGCCGCCGCCGCAGAAGUCUUCAAAGGUGUCGCCACCACCUCUGCAGAAGUCUUUGAAGCUGUCUCCGCCGAACCCAAUCAGGGCACCUAGGACUUCUCGUCCUGCAGCAAAGCCCCUGAAGAAAGCUUGCCCAGGCCCGGAUCUGAAGGCGCAGGCCAAGAAGAAGAGCCAGAGAGUGAGCUUUCAGGAUGACGCGGCAGUGGUGGCGGUACCCAGAAGCAGAGAGAAGGUCGAAGCUUCUGCCGAAGACGCUGUUGGGCACACGCCGAUGGUGUCUGUGAAAGCCCUGGAGAAGAAACCAGUGAAGGUUGUGGCUGCAGAAACGCCGUUCUUUAGCGCUCAGAAUUGCAGCAGUUGUACGCUUGACCAGCUCGAGUCCGCUGAAUACUGGCUGGCGCAGAUCCGUUUGGCCGAAUCUGUUGGCAAACACAGUGUCUCUGCUGUAUUCUUUCGCCUUGCAUUUGAGUGUCAAGCUCAGCCAUUUCACAGGAUCCAAAGUGAGCUCAGGAAUUACACAGUGCGCCAUCAGAGUGCUAGCACUUUGACCCCUUUAUUCCAUGAGCUCCUACUUGCCCAUGGCAUGCUAGUUAAUCAGCCCAAGUUUGACACUGAUGGUUCGGAGAAGGUGGAUACACUUAUAACUACAAAUACAGUUGGCAAUAAGCUUGAUGCUACCACACUAGAACAUGAAUGCUCGGAAUGCGAUUGUGGCGGUGAUCGUGUUGAUGUGAGGGAAGUCAAUGUUGUCAAACAGGGAGAGAAGGGGAUGGACCAACCAAGCUUUGAGAGAAAACUAGAAGGAAGUUUUGAAUUUGAUGAUUGUGAGGCUGUCAUUGUGGACCAGCUACUGCAAGAACAUUCUGAUGUGGCGAAGAAUGAAGGUGCGGAAGUUCCUCACGGUAGUGAAAUAAUGUUGUCAGCACGUUGCUCCAUCGAUAAAUUGAGCCUGAAAGUAUCCCCAGUAGCACGGGUAUCAUCUGAAAGACGGCUCUCCUCAGAUAAAUUUUCCCCGCCUGCGCGGAGCUUAUCUGCAAAGCGCUUAUCUUCCGGUAGCCCUUUUGAUAACAAGUCCCUGUUUGGUAGUUGCUCAGUGAAGAGGUUGACAUCUAGUUGCCCUUCUUAUAAGAAGUCCUCCACUAAAGGCUUGUCUUCAAAGAGGAUGUCGUCUGGUCACUCUGGUGUCUGUUCUGACAAGGAAAAUAAUUCUCCUGCUGGAGCUGUUGAUUCUAGCAAAGUGACUCAGAAGGGGGAACCUAUGUGCCAUGCUUCAGUUGACCCGCUCAAAUUGAAAGAGCAUGGGGACUAUGCUGACAUUGAUGAGAUCCAUUAGGUGCUGGAGCUGGAGUCAAUGAUGUUAGCUAGUUUGAAUUGUACGGGUGCUGUGUAUGAUGUCAAUUAGUUUGGAUCUCCAAUGACAUGCUGCUUAGGUUGGUUUGCUUUUGUGAGCAAAGAUCAUCGUUCUCGGACGAUCUUUGUGGGUUUGACAGGUUUCUAUUCCGGAUGCUUGCUUAGCAUAAUGGCAUGAGGGUGCGGUCUUAUUGGUUGAUAAGGAAUCAAUCAAACCUUUGUACCUACAACUUUAUGAAUACUAUGCGGAUGUAUCACCAAAUUAUUCAUGUCGAUUGAUGGAAGUGACCUGCCGUUUUCUCA